AUGUGCUCUCUACCCAUAGAUGACAAGACGGGCCUGCAGGCUUUCCGCAUCGCGGGUCUGCCACCGGAUUUCUACUAUAUCCCCAACUUCAUAAGUCACGAGGAGGAAGCGUCGAUUUUGCAUAAGAUACCAGCCCAAAGAUGGACCCACCUCACGCACCGCCGUCUCCAAGCCCUCCCCUCAACACUCACAUCCAACAACACGCUCCUCGCCGCCCCUCUACCCACGUACCUAACCACACCAAUCUUACCCCGCUUCCAAGAUUUGGGUAUCUUCGCGCACACGCCACAUGGCCAACCCAAUCACGUUCUUGUCAAUGAGUAUAAACCCGGUGAGGGCAUUAUGCCGCAUGAAGAUGGUGGGGCGUAUGCUGAGGUCGUUGCGACGGUUAGUCUGGGAGGGGCGCUGUGCUUGGAUGUUUUACCGAAGCCUGCGCCUAACGAUCAAGGAGAUAAGAGGGAGAAGAAAGAUGGCGAAGAUGAAGGACAGUCUCAGUCUCUGAACGCAGACGGAGAGGAGCAGGAAACCAAAGAAAACAAACUCCCCCUCCCAACCCGCAUCUUCCAAGAACCCCGCUCUCUUCUCAUCACCACGGGGCGCGCAUACAGAGACCUCAUGCAUGGAAUUUCUUCCAUAAACAUCGAUGAAGAUUUGAACGCCGAGACGGUUGCGAAUUGGGAGUUGUUGAGUGAAGAAGGGAAAAGGGCGGUUGAAGAGAAUGGGGGCAGGAACGUGAGGGGAACGAGGGUGAGCUUGACGUAUAGGGAUGUGAUUAAGGUUAGUAAGGCUGCGAGUCGGGUUUUGGGUGGGAUGGGUAGACGGUAA